AAAUGUAAUAGGCCCAUUCAAUCAAAAACAUUGUAUCUAAUCAACGAUGGUUAGCUUUAAUCUAUCGUAAUCAGUAUGCCGACGACCGUUCUCAACGUCGGACGAUCCUACUGCAUUUCGUAUUUUACAUCGAUACACGAUGUCAAAUACGCAAGUGAACUCUUUUACCGUACGAGACUUUAGCUCUUUAAGUGACACUGUACAAAAUUUAAUUCGGGAAGCAGUUGAAAUACGGAAAAGGGCGUACUGUCCGUAUUCAAAUUUCGCCGUGGGCGCGGCGUUAAUUACGGAAGAAGAUUCGAAGGUUUACUCCGGAUGUAAUAUAGAGAAUUCUACUAUGACACCUUCCAUUUGUGCAGAGCGAGCAGCGAUUCCAAAAGCUGUGUGUGACGGUUAUUUAAAGUUUAAGACUAUAGCAGUGGUGGCUCAUCAGCAGGAUUCAUACACAGCCCCGUGUGGUGUGUGCAGACAGGCUCUUAGUGAAUUCCGUGGGAGCGACGGUGACAUUGAAAUAUAUUUAAGCAAACCGACUAUGGACAAAGUUCUGUGCACAAAAUUGUCAGAAAUUUUACCGCUUUCGUUCGUCAGUUUUAAGGAAGAUAAUGUUAUUUCGUAAAAGGUGAUAUUGUGAUAUAUGAAGGAAAUAUAAACAACGUUUUUCGCA